AUGACCGUGACACCUCUUUGGGCUACUGCACCUACACUCCGUAAACGAAACCAACUUUACCAUAACAGAUCGAUGAAGGGAACUGUUGCUGCUAAGGCGCAGGAGAAAUCAAAGGCUGCUAAUAAGCCCUCUUACCCUUAUUGGGCUGUUAUUCUUCUAAUUUUUGCCCUGUUUGGUGGCAUUAUCUUGCAGCUCAUCGACUAUUUCUUUUAA